ACCUGUGUUUCCUGCCCAGAACCUUUGGACCAGGCACAAUGGCCACAAAGAUGCCCAUCCUGCUGUCUCUGUUGCUCUUUCUGAAUCCUGCAGUCCCUCAGAAGACCCAAGCUGGUACUUACACCCUGACGUAUCUCUACACUGGAUUGUCCAGGCCCACUGGAGGCUACCCGUGGUUGCAGGCCAUUGUCUUCCUCAAUGACCAGGCCUUCUUCCACUAUGACAGUGAAAGUGGUAAGGCUGAACCCCUGGGACCAUGGAAACAUAUAGAAGGAAUUAAGAAUUGGAAGCAGGAGAGUCUUCUUCAGAAGGUGAGAGAGAGCAUCUACCUGGAGACUCUGGAAGACAUCAUGGCCUUUUACAAUGACAGCAAUGGGUCUCACAUCCUACAGGAAAGGUUAGGUUGUGAGCUCCAUGAUAACAGCAGCAGUGGAGCAUUCUGGAAAUCUGCCUAUGAUGGAAAGGACUUCAUUGAAUUCAACAAAGAAAUCCCAGCCUGGGUCCCCUUAGACCCAGCAGCCUGGAACACCAAGAAGAAGUGGGAGGCGGAGGAAGUCUACGUGCACAGGGCCAAGGCCUACCUGGAGAAGGAGUGUCCUGACUUGCUGCGAGGGUACCUGAACUACAGCAGACACAUCCUGGACCAGCAAGAUCCUCCCUCUGUGUCAGUCACCAGCCGCAAGACCCUAGGAAAAAACAGUAUCCUCAAAUGCCAGGCCUAUGGCUUCUACCCACAAGAAAUCAGUCUGCACUGGACUCGGGCUGGUGAGGUGCAGGAGUCUGAGUCAGGGGGAGAGGUCCUGCCCAGCGGAGAUGGCAAAUACCUGUCCUCCAUGGAGUUGUCGGUGCUGCCUCAGGACAGAGACACUUACUCUUGCCUUGUGGAGCACAGUGCCCUGGCCCAGCCCCUCUCGGUGUCCUGGGAUCACAGGGGCUAGGGGCACUAUGGGGACUCAGCCCCAGUAGCCACCUUUUCUGCCUGUCCUGAGAGAGAUGAACUUCAGAAGAGAAGGAGAUUCGGAGACAGAAGAGAGAUUCAGAGAGAAAAGAUGGGAACCUGAGCACAGAGCUGACUCUCAAGGCCAGGUCGCCCUACCUCCCUACCCGCCCCCCAAUGUCUAAUCUGUAGAAUCUAAUAUACAAUAACCUCAUUGCCAAGCACAACACAGAAAGGUAUUUUCUUUUUAAUAUGAGUUGCUUUUAUCACUUGUCCUAUUUCUAAGCAUUUGAGUUUUCUGAAAUUCUUGGUUUCCACUGAAAGACAAGUUUCCUGGGUACCUUGACCUGAGCAAUCCCAAGUGUCCCUUACACCACGUGGUCCCUUGAGUACUGUCCAGGCUUCCAUUGCUGAUAUCUGCAGAUGGAGCCAUGGGCCCUCUUACUGUGUAGUCCUAGAAAUCUGCAAUCUCCUUAAUAAAAAAAAAAUCAAGCCUCUUAUGUGCCUCAGUUUCCCCAGUACUCACUCAUUCCUUGUAAGAUGUCACCAUCCAUUCCAGCUGUUCAACAUUACCCACAGCAUGUUGGCUUUGGCCAACACACAGUUAGACCUUAUUUGAGAACCCUCAGUCCCCCAGGGCCCAACUCAACAAAGCAGGAAUUGGCCUGAGGUUCUAAGACUCCUUCCACAUCCCUUUGAGUGUGUUUGUUCAACUGAGUCAUCAACUACACUGGAUUAAACUUCAGAAUACAGAACAGAA